CCACCACCCUCCCGCCCCGCCCCGCCCCCAAAACCCUAGCUAGCCCCCGCCUCUCCCCCUCCGCGGCGCUCGGAACCGCGCCGGGAUCCAGGAAUGGCGUCGGCGGACAUGUUCCCCAACGUCUCCUUCUCCGACGUCAACGCCGCCGCCUCGCAGGAGGCCGCCGGGAAGGCCGUGUUCGGCCUGGACCCCGCCACCGGGGCGGUGCGCCUCAGCCUCGUCAGGCCCGGCGCGGAGCAGGCGUUCCAGAUCGACCUCUCCGACGCGCAGAUAUUCAAGCUGGGGCCGAUGGAGUGGCUCUGCGUGAGCGGCGAGACCGAGGCCAAGGCUGGCGUGGAAGAGAAAUUGUUUUCAAGAGCAAUUAAGGUUGUUCUUAGGACAGAAGCUGAGAGCAAAGCCUUCUCUCUAGCUUUUCAACGAUGGAAACAACAAACUAUUAGUGGAAAAGCUGGUGAAUCAUUGGAGAAUGGAUCAAUAGUGGCUUGCAAAAGUAAAUUUGAUACAAAAAUUGAGGCAUCAUCAGCACAGAUGUAUUUCCACUACUAUGGCCAGCUAUUACAUCAGCAAAAUAUGUUGCAAGAUUUUGUGAGGACAGGAACAUACUAUGCUGCUGUAAUGGAAAACCGGGCCGACUUCGAGGGUAAAGUUGUGGUUGACGUUGGAGCUGGUAGCGGUAUUCUUUCGUUAUUUGCUGCACAGGCUGGUGCCAAACAUGUCUAUGCAGUUGAGGCAUCUGAAAUGGUUGAACAUGCCCAACGGCUUAUUUCUGGGAACCCAUCGUUUGGGCAACGAAUCACGAUCAUCAAAGGCAAAGUCGAGGAAGUUGAACUUCCAGAAAAAGCUGAUAUACUGAUUUCUGAGCCUAUGGGAACCCUUUUGGUGAAUGAAAGAAUGCUGGAGUCCUAUGUCAUAGCUAGGGACAGAUUCCUUGCUCCAGAUGGUAAAAUGUUUCCAACAACUGGAAGGAUUCAUAUGGCUCCAUUUUCCGAUGAAUACCUCUAUGUUGAAAUGGCAAACAAGUCUCUCUUCUGGCAGCAGCAUAACUUCUUUGGUGUUGAUCUUACACCCUUGCAUGGCUCAGCGUUUGACGGAUACUUUUCACAGCCCGUGGUGGAUGCAUUUGAUCCAAGAUUGUUGGUUUCUCAAUCUACGUAUCAUACACUUGAUUUCACUACCAUGAAGGAAGAGGACCUUUACGAGAUUGAUAUUCCCCUGAGUUUUGUAUCCUCUGUUGGUACUAGGGUGCAUGGGCUAGCCUGUUGGUUUGAUGUGCUGUUCAACGGGAGCACUGUGCAAAGAUGGCUUACCACUGCUCCUGGCUCCCCUACGACUCACUGGUACCAGUUGCGAUGUGUACUUGCACAGCCAUUAUAUGUCAUGGCUGGCCAAGAAAUAACCGGCCGCCUGCAUUUGGUGGCCCACAGUGCGCAAAGCUACACAAUAUACUUAACAAUGUCAGCCAAAAUGUGGGGUGUGGGUGCGGACCCAGGCGGCAUCCUGCAGACAUCCACUGCCAAGCUCGAACUCAAGGAGCCUUACUACAGGCUGUCUCAACCACAAGCUUAUAUGCCACAAGACCAACAGCAGCUACCGUUGUCAUCUUUGCAGGCGCAAGGAUCUGGGCAGCAGAUGCAAGAUGGUCUCAGCCCUGGCAUCACUGUAGAUCAGGAGAGGGACUCCGCAGCCUUCACUCGACAGGUCUGAAAGCUGUGCCGCAUGCUUUGCUUCCUGCAACGAGAGCUCAGGUCUGUACAACAACGAGAGCUGCCAAUGGCUAACAUUGCGUCCAGUUGCGGUAGGAGAUCAUCAUGUCCGAGUUGUGCAGCUAAACGUGCUCGUCCCUGCCCCGCCAUUUGAUGUCAGAAAACAAUAAUAGUGAUUGAACCGCAAGUCGAAGCUAGAAGACAUCUAACAGAGAAGAGGGUUGUACGUUCUUAUGUAUAAUUCUACAAAUUGAUUGUUGCGCGUGGGAGUAGAAUAUUGAUAGAAUGAUAGUCAUCAUUGUUGUCCGCUUGCUCAAACUUAAUAACAAGUAAAAGGUGAGCCCAGUUUUCUCCGUUAAUAACUUCUAACUGGUCCGGUUUAGCUUCCCA